UUUACGCGCAAAAUUCAGAUUGUCCUAAUUGUGCGACACUUUUCAUUCGUCUUCACCCGUUGUGCAUCAUAAUUCAUUCUUUAUUUAUUCUAAUAUCAUUUCGAUGACUUCCUGUCAAAAUAUCGUUGCUUCAGAAGAGGGAAUUAUCCAUAAUUUUACCAUUGAUACAUUUAGUUCUACUUUAAACGAUGAAAGUUAUCGUUUUGAAUACUGCAAAUCCACUUCUAACAGCUGCCAACAAUUGUCAUUAUCAAGACAUCGUCUUUGUAAUUUAUUCUUACCUUCCAUCGGAGAAUGGACGAUAAUUAGCACAGAAAAUAUUAAAGAGAUCUCUACGGGUAAAACUAUUACAUGUGCAUUUUUGCAGUGCUUAAAAGAGCAGCAAGUAACUUUUAUUAUCGUGUCUUACUGCUCUGAUAAACUGCUUCCGUUAAGACGUUAUGUUAUUGACACUAAACAACCUGAAUUGGCUGUCACAUCUAAAAUCAAGUCGAUGUAUCAGAAUGUACAGCUUGUGGAUGGGCCUAGUUUAAUGUGGAUUUCAGACUCCGAACUACAACUAGCUCUUUCAUCUGAUGGGAGUUACGAGUUAGAGUUGAAAACAGUCCGCCUGGAUCGUUUGUCAUACCCAGAACGUUCUUAUAACAACUUUAAAUUACUUUGUUGUUAUGAUUUAAUUAACAUGUCACUUAUAAUCGGUCAUGUUUUCGACAAACACAAAAACAGAGAGAAAUCAGAAUAUUUCGGUGUGAUGUUCAAUCAAAGCUUUAAUUCGUUUCAAACAAUCGACAUUUCUCGAAUCUUACCUUUGGCCCACUCAACGACCAUUCAACACCUUUUUAUCACUCACUGUUCAAUAUCAAUUAAAGCUAAACAACAAGGAUCGAACGAGUGGGCCGAUACAUUACAGGUUCGAAUGUUUGUAUUUACCGAAGAAAGAUAUUUGAUGGAAGUUCACAACGGGAAGCUUUUGAGGUGUUUCAACAUUCCUCAGCAACAAACCAGUUUUUCUAGUCUAACCACUCUUUACAAAGGUUAUGAAUGUUCCUCACCUAUUCUACACACUUCAGAUUACGAAGCCCACGUGGUAGCUGCACAACUUGACAAGGUAAAAUUUGUUAUCAAAGAUGUUAACAAGAUUUUUGUGCAAGAUUUUCUUCAGUGUGGAACACAGCAGGUAUUGUUUCUGGGUCUUCAUAGCAAUGAGGAAACAGAGGGUUCAGAGUUGGUUAAAUUCUGGCUGCUUACUGAUUUGGAAUGCCAUCACUUUCAGGAUGGUAAUGCUGAUGUGAUGAAACUUGUACAGGAUGAAAAUACAGCAUUUAAUGAUGGAGAUUUUUGUCCACCUGCUGUUGGUGAGGUUCUCUUACAGCAAAUACAGCAAGAUGUUCUGACCCUUGAAGAGAAAAAAAGGCUCAUCGAUGAACAAAAUCAAUUUAUAUCAGACGUAUGUCACUUGUUGAAUGGUGAAGGCAACAGAAAUCUGCUCUCUCCAGAUUCUGUGAAUCCUUUUAGAAUGAUGACCUUCAUCAAAGGAUCUCCAAGUGUAGUUGAAACGAAGAGAACCAAACCUGCAGAAGUGGAUGUUGAAAUUGUUGAUGUUUGGCAGAAAAUCGUUGGAGAGCAGUGGAUCGUUGGUGUGGAUUUUAAACCUACAGUUUCUAGAAAGUUCCGAAAUGUCUCCCUGUUGGUUAUGUCAGAUCAAGAACAUAACGACAUUUUGGCUUCUGGUAACUGUCUGUUGAAUCACUUGCACACAACAGGAAAGAGAUCUCCUACAAUGACCACCACCACCACCACUAGUGAUAAAGCUGAUGUAAAACAUCUCUCUGGUACCGAAACCAUUACAUGUGCCUUAGACACCUUACCAAAGAUUGGAGUAAAACCAACAUCAAAAUUUCUUGUAUUCUUGCAUUGCUGUGAUUCGAGCUAUGAGACAGAGUCAUCUGUGAGUUACUUAGUUCCAUGUGGGGCUGUCAGUUUUGACCCGGAAACAUUACUAAACACGAUGUCACCUUACCAGCAGCUUCUUGCUCUGACAGAAUCCAUAUCUUCUGAAGACAUGAAAAGGUCACUGAUUGCCUUCAAUUCUGUCCAAAACUGUUGGAAAUUUCUCAUAAAAUCUCGUCUGACAAAUCUAACUUCAAUGAACGACUGGUUUCAGUCACAGCAAGAACUUUCAUGGUCAUUCCAUCUUGAACGGUUUGCUUUUCUUUUACCUGAAGGACCAUUUAACCAAGUUCAAAUUGCAGUGUCUUACUCUCAUCUUCAUGAGUGUUCCAUUCAUAUUUAUGCUCACGAGGAGUCCUCCAUCCUGCCUGUCCUUCACUUCCUCUACAGCAGACUACCUGACGAUGUCCUCAUCCUUCCUCAAACUGACCGACAUAAACAUCAAGUUGUCACCUUCUUACAGACUCUUCAUCACCAACUUCAGGCCAUGUGUGAGGUCCUGUUGAAAUUCAACCAGGACAACAACGAUGACUUCAACAAGGAGUCUUCCUCUCAAGGAGGUCAUCAUGCGUAUGAAUCGCGAGAGAUGAUGCCAAAUGCUUUGAAGAAGAUGAGGUAUGAGUGGGAGGCUAAGAGGAGGAAACUUCACAGCAGAUGGACUCUCAGUGGUGACCAACUGAAAGAUUUUGCUGCAGCAUGGCAUGCCUUUCAAAAGAGAUCUGCAAUUACAUCAGACAUAUUUUCAAAAACAUAAGGUGAGGGUGAUUGUUGCAGGGUGAUAUUCAGGUAGGGCUGUGGCACAUCAAACAAAUGUUUAAUAGGAUUCAGUUAUGUCUCUUUUUUAAAUUCUAAUUUUUCAAAUUGUGCCAUGGUUAGAUUUUGUCUUUCACCUUCUAGGGUUGAUAAAAUAAUAUACCAGUCAAGUCCUGCAUUUAGUUUAAAUCAACUAACUCCUCUUGGAUUGCUGGUUUUGUGCCUAACAUUAUUAUUAUUGUUAUUAUUAAGGCUGUGAGCUGGCAGAAUCGUCAGCAUGCUGGGCAAAAUGAUUUUGUCCAUCUUCACAUUCUGAGUUUGGAUUCCACCGAGGUCAACUUUGUUUUUCUUCCUUUUGGGGGUCGAUAAAAUAAGUACCAGUUGAGUACUGGAGCCAAUGUAAUCUCAACUACCCCCUCCCCCAAAAUUUCAGGCCUUGUGCCUAUAGUAGAAAGAAUUAUCAUUAUUAUAAGGUGGCGAGCUGGCAGAAUUGUUAGCACACUGGGCAAAGUGCUGAGCAGCAUUUCAUCCGUCUUUAUGUUCUGAGUUCAAAUUCUGUGAAGGUCAACUUUACCUUUCAUCCUUUUUGGUUGCAUGGCGUUUAGUUAAGGACCUCCUCUCUCUCUAGUCCUUGGGAUCAGCCUGGUAUCUCCUCUUGCUGAGGUAGACUUUGCCUUUCAUCCUUUCAGGGUGGAUAAAAUAAAUACCAGUUGACCACUGGAACUGAUGCAAUCGAUUUACCUUCUUCCCCAAACUUGCUGGCCUUGUGCUGGAGUUUGAAAUCAAUAUUGUACCAAGAUUAUAAUGAAGACUGUUUGAUAUAAAGGAUUGCCUCUAUACAAGUCUAUAGGGGUAGCUAGAGUAUGUGGAUAUCUCCAUGGCAUUUACAGGGCAUGGAAGGGAUAUUAUAGAAAUGGUUUUGUAUUCGCUCUGUCUUAAUUCAGACUAAAUGGGAUCCUGACUUCCCUACAUUUACUUGUGUCUUUCUUAUUCUCUGAUUGUGCAGGUAAGGGUUCUAGUCCAUAGCGCAGCCAGGGAGUGUUGAUAUGUCUAUGAAACUAUGUAAUGUGGUAGGGAGUUUUAUAGAAAUAAACUAGUAUCUCUCUUUAUAUUCCUAGUCUGUUAGGAGAGGGGGGCCUUUUUAGGGUAUAAUAGCAAAUGGGCAAUUAGCUGACCAAGGCACUCUCUGCUGGGACCUGAGGUGUCCUUCCCCAACAGACAUAUGCAGAAAUAUCUAUCAUAUGAUAGCUGUGCAGAAUAUGGUUGAUGAUGAUGAUGAUGCCACCAAUGAGCAGACAACUCAUUUUUAAGAUAGAUCCUAAGAUCUGUCUUAGAAAGGAGGCUUUACUUACAUAUCUGGCACAAUGCCACCUCAUUCAAUUCUACACCAUUUCAAUCAAGGGGUCUUGUUUUGAGAGUUUAUUUGGUGACCUCAUUAGUGCCAGUUACAUGAGAAAGCACUCUGGACACUCUAUAAAGUGGAUGGCAUUAGAAAGAGCAUUUAGCUGUAGAAACCAUGUCAAAAUAGACAUUGGAGCUCAAUGUGGUCCUCCUGCUUGUUGGAUCUUAUCAAAUGGUCCAACCCAUGCCUGCAUGGAAUACAGGUGCUAAACGAUGACGAUGACAACAACAACCAGUCGUUACUGUGCUUCAAAAGAUACCUCAACAUAACACCUAUUUACUUCACCUCUAUGUUGUUUAACUUAAUGAAGGAGAAAUGAAGAAAAGAUUUUCACCUAAACUGUAAAUAGUCAUUCCAAGAUCAAAGGAAAUGAGAUAUUUUUGGAAAUUGCUUUACUUUGUAAAUUGUAAAAUAUUACAAAAACAGAAAUAUAAAUUUAUAUUGUUAUUCGUUUUAA